AAAUCUUCGUAGUCGAAAAGGAGGUGAUGGUCGAGCGGCGAUUCGACGAUCCCCAGAGUCUGGACUGGGUCACCUUUACGGUGAACGGUGGCGAGAUCCUCAAAUGGCAGCUGGACGAGUUCCACGCUCAGUUCUUCGAGGAUCCCCAGUACUCGUCCAUCCAUCUGUGGGAUCUGCAGCACAAGUGCGCCGGCAAUUGGCUGCAGAUCAUCCGGGCGGACGGCAAUGGCUACAUUGCUGGCUACGCCUGGUGCCCGGCGCCCAGGGCCCUCAAAGUCUGACCGAAGAGGAUCUCGACUUCGAUUUGCGUACUGUGCGCACUUCCAUCCGUAUUGCUGGCGACAACAGGAACAUCUUCUGGAGCCAGUCCGAUCACAAUGUCCAGAACUUGCUGAUGGUCUCCUUUCAGUUGGCCCUGAGCAGCAUUGCCAAGCAAUCGGUGCUGAUUAUCAGCCAUUUGGAUAAGAUAGCUGAUUUCGUGACCUGGCAGUUUAUCAUGGCUUCCUACAUGAACGACAUCUAUGCCCGUGGACCCACAGAUUCGAAAUGGGUUUGCAUGCGCUACUUGCAACGCAUCGUCGAAAUGGCCCAGGCCAACUGCAUCAUUGUCCUCAUCGAGUAUCCCAGUUUCCUGAGCAUUCUCUCCGACGAGCGGCAUGUGAUCAAGUGUGAGAAGCAGCCGGACAAAGAAUCCUGGGACGUUAAAGUUGCGUCCGCCGAAUCGUCCGAGUCCGGCUUGGAAAUCCUUAAGAAUGCCAUAAAUUUGGAUCUAGGCAGUGUCGCGCCUGCCACCCCUCAAGAAUAAGGCAUCUUUCAAGCGCUCAUCCAAUUUUAGUUUUACAAAUAUUUCCUUUGCUCCUCCAUUGUUCCAUUGCUCGUUUUGUAAUUACGCAGCCGCCGCCGCCGCUGCCGCUCACGGAACAACAACAGGAGCACCAUUCUUCAGCUCCAUUUCAAUUAUGGUCUUGCCGGCUGUCAGUUUGAAUGCCACACAGCCAGCAAGCCAUCGCCAUCACCAUCACCAUUCUCAUCCUCAUCCAUAUCCCUGCCACCGCAACAGCAGCAGCACCUGCAACUACAACUACAAUGGCUGUCAGUCAAAGGCACGCGUCAUUUGCUGGCGAAAUGCAUUUUACGUAAACCUAAAAGCAUUUUAAGCUAAACCCCAACGCCCACCGCUAUCGACCCAGUUAGAAGACAGGCACCACGGCCUGGAGAUGCAUUUGGAAGGAGCGACUGUCUGUCUGGCUGACUUGACUGAUUGGCGGUUGUUGGGGCAACUUUUCGACGCAAGAACAUAUCCGAAUGUGCUACAGAAGAUAUUUUCAUAAAAUAGUUAACAUUUCAGACGAAGCCGAAGGAAACAGAACACUUUUUUUUUGUAGAAUUAAAGAUAUUCAAGAUUUGGCAUUCAAUAAGUGCCUUGGUGGGGCCAAAACUUACAUAUAUAACAUAUUCCAUUCAUUCAAAAAUAAUAUCAGAGAACAACAAGAGAUGGAUCCCAUUUAUUUGGAAAAAAUACACACAUUUUUUUUUUAUUGUAUCAAGAUGAAUUGAUAAAAAAUG